ACGACAGCGCUGCGGCUGGCUUUGCAGUUGCUCGCAUUCCACGUGGAGCGUCGGAGCGAGGAGGAAGCGUCGGAGCGGCAGCCAUGAAGCGGCCCAAGCUGAAGAAGGCGAGUAAACGCAUGAGCUGCCACAAACGUUAUAAAAUACAGAAAAAGGUACGUGAACACAAUAGAAAACUCCGGAAGGAAGCCAAGAAACGUGGGCAUAAAAAGCCAAAGAAAGAUCCUGGAAUUCCUAAUACGGCACCUUUCAAGGAGGAGGUUCUUCGGGAAGCUGAACAAAGGAAACAAAGGCGUGAAGAACUGAAGCAAAAGCAAAAACUUGAUCGGCAGAAGGAGCUAGAAAAGAAACGUAAAAAAGAAGCUAAUAAAAAGGAUGUGAGUGAAGGAAAAAGUGAAAAGAAGUCAGCCACUGAACGGCAAGCCAAAUCAGUUCAACAGGUGGGCAAGAAUUCAAAAAAAUCCCUUUGUUCGGAGCUUAAAAAGGUGAUUGAGGCUUCUGAUAUAGUGCUGGAAGUCUUAGAUGCCAGAGAUCCUCUUGGCUGCAGGUGUCCACAGGUGGAGCAGCUUGUGUGUCAGUCUGGGGGAGUGAAAAAACUAUUGUUGGUUUUAAAUAAAAUUGAUCUUAUACCAAAAGAGAAUUUGGAGAAAUGGCUAAAUUAUUUAAACAAUGAACUUCCAACUGUUGCUUUUAAAUCUUCAAUGCAGCUUAAAGACAAAACUGUGCAAGAGAAGAAAAAUACUAAAAGAAAUCAUGUGUAUACUGAGUUAUCAAGAGCAAGCUUAUGUUUUGGGAGUGAGUGCCUCCUAAAACUGCUUCGAGAGCACAGUACUGACAAAGACAAAGCUAUACAGGUUGGUGUGAUAGGUUUUCCUAAUGUAGGGAAAAGCAGCAUAAUCAAUAGCCUGAAGGAGGUGCGUGCCUGCAACGUGGGACCAGUGAGAGGUCUUACUAAGUGCAUUCAAACAGUUCACAUUGACAAGCAUAUUAAGAUGUUAGAUAGUCCAUGUAUUGUUGCAGCACCUUCCAGCAAUCCUCUUGCCCUGGCACUGAGAAGUUCUACAGAAAUUAAUGCUGAAAACAUGGUUGAUUCAGUAGAUACUAUUCUGAAGCACUGCAACAAACAACAGAUAAUGCUAUACUACAACAUCCCAGACUACAGAAACACUGUUGAAUUUUUAACUCUGCUAGCUCAGAAAAGAGGAAUGCUGAAAAAAGGCGGACUUGCUGAUACACUGGGUGCAGCUAAAUUAUUGCUUUCUGACUGGACUGGUGCCAGAGUGAGUUACCAUUCAAGACCCCCUGCUGUGUGGAACCUGUCACCACACCUUUCCAGUGACGUUGUAGCAGCAGCACAGCAGAGUUUUAAUUUGCAGGACCUGGAAGAAGAUAAUAAAAGCACUGUGAAAGCGAGUAAAUUCCCCAAUCAGUCGAGCAGCAUUACCUUUCAAUCUCCUGGCUUCACGGAUGGCAUAAUAGAAGAUGAACUGUCAGAGGAAAUAUUGGGAGAAGAGAACAUGGAACCGGAGGAGGAGGAGGAGGAGAAAUUAUUAAUGGAAGAUGAGGAGCUUGAAAUAGAAAGUGACACUGAAAGUAUGGAAAAGAAAAACAACAGAACAGCAAAUGGAAAAACAGCCUCUGCAGAGCUGGUUGCAGAGGGGGUGAAGCUACCUGCAGGUAAACAAGUUGACAUGGAUAAGGCGAACGACCUGGAUGAUGCAUAUGACUUCAACACAGAUUAUAUGUAAAGAUCAACAAGUUUUAACUAUCGCUUUCUGGAACUAACAGUAGGACUCUCUGGAGCCUUUGAAUUCCUGUGGAGGUUUUUGGCAAAUGGUAAACCCCAGGUCCAUGUAAAUAUUGUAUAAAAUAAAGAAUUCAGCACAGCUGGCUAGAAAAAAAUACUCUGAACUCUGUAAAUUGUAUUAAAUAGCUUUUCUUAUUACUGUGUUCUAAUUGCAUCCAUUCUGUAAAAACAAAUAGAGUAAUUCAAUUGACA